CUUUGUCAAGAGGAAUCCAAUUUUUUUUCCGUGGACGGCCUUCAGAUCACCCGCGCGUUCGCAUUUAAAUUGACGUAGGCGGCAAACGUGGGAGGACGAAGCCUCCCCCGUCCCCCCUUGGCUCCAGCCCUAACGGCGAUGAUGAGGCUCGCACCAACGUCCUUUGCCCUCCUUACCUUCUGCGCCGCCGCGCUUGCGUGCCCUGGCGAGGAGGGACACGUCCACGCGGAUGCCCAUAAGCGCGAGUUCCCGCAGCUGCCUCUCACACCGCCCACCCGGCCUCUGGUCUGGGGUGAUGUCAACAUCAUCCAUACCACAGACACCCACGGCUGGCUACUCGGCCACCAAAAGCAGUCUUUCCCCGAGCCGAACUACGACGGCGACCUCGGCGACUUCUAUUCGUUCGUUUCGCACAUGAAAGAGAUUGCUCUAGAGAAGGAUGUCGAUCUGCUUCUCGUCGACACUGGCGAUCUCCACGACGGUACCGGCUUGUCGGACGGCUUCCCACCAGGCGGUGUCGAUGGACACGAAACAAACAAGUACAUCGCUAUGCUCCCGUACGACGUCAUGGCGAUCGGGAACCACGAGCUGUACAUCUAUGCCGACACUCUCGACACGCUCCAGAACUUGGUUCCCAAGCUCAACGGCCGCUACCUGUCGUCCAACGUCAACAUUACCAUCGCCGACAAGGACGGCAACCCCGUCAGCGUUCCCGUUGGCGAUCGCUUCGUCAAGUUCAAGACUCGCAAGGGUCGCUCAGUCACAUCGCUUGGUGUUCUGUACGACUUUACCGGCAACGACCACAACACGACUGUGCAGACGGUGCAGGACAUGGUCAAGGAGAGCUGGUUCAGUGAAGCUAUUGCUGAUGAGCCUGACUUUUUCCUCCUUUUGGGACACAUGCCGGUACGAAGGGACAACUGGCCCACUGUGUUCAACGCCGUUCGUGCGGUGCACCCCGAGACGCCCAUCCUCAUCCUUGGUGGACACUCGCACAUCCGUGACUGUGUCCAGCUUGAUGGACGUUCGAUGGCCCUCGAGAGCGGCCGCUACAUGGAGACUAUAGGCUGGAUGAGCGUCGACCUCGACGAGGCGAACAGCAAGCAGAACCUGUCGUUCACCCGCCGCUACCUUGACCAAAACCGGGUCGCCUACGAAUAUCACACGAGCCAGAAGAAUGAGACGUUUGACACGGUGGAAGGCCGCGAGAUCACUGCGGGCCUCGAGCAGCUCUUCAACCAGUUUGACCUCAGCUUCCUCUUCGGCACUGCGCCGCGGGACUACACGCUCAGCCGUGACCCCUACCCGUCCAACGGUUCAGCUCUGAGCCUGUUCGUGCAGGAGGCGCUGCCCGUCGCGCUCGCGAUCAACAACUCGCGUGCGAGCAUCCCCAGCAUAAUCUUCACCAACUCGGGCGAGCUGCGCUUCGACAUCUACGCUGGGCCGUUCGACAAGAACGACCAGCUGACGACGCUGCCCUUCAUGGACUCGUUUCUCUUCAUCCCGAACGUCACCGCCGGCGUCGCGAAUCAGGUGCUGCCCAUGCUCAACGGCGAAGGCGCGGACGAGCGUAAGCGCGCGCUUCGGAGCCUCUACGAGCUUGGCGAGAUGUACGGCCGUGGCAAUGUCGAACGGGUCUACCGCGCGUGGCUCGCGAACAUGGACCGCCGCAGCGGGCCUGAGCGUCGCGCGAUGCAGAACCUGACGCUCGGGUACGUCACGGACGACGCGUGCCCGGGCGUCGGCGACGACGUCCUCCACUCGCCGCUGCCAUUCUUCGACUCGCCCGACUUUAUCGCCUCGAACGCGCCCAACGUAUCCGACGACACACCAAUCGAUCUCGUGUUCAUCAACUUCAUCGAGGACCAGCUCCUCCCCGUGCUCAACAGCAUCCAGACGGAGAAGAACUACACCGACGCGGACGUGAUGUCGUACACGCCCACCCUGGCGAGCGAGGUCUUUGGUUUGUAUGCGCAGGCGGCGUGGAACUAGGGCUGGUAGCGUAGUGUAGAUGUAGUGCUGUCGAUUGUCGCCGCUGCUGCAAUGGGUCAUGCGUUAAUUCGUGAGAAGAAGUCUUGUCUCGAACUUUACGCCUAU